AUGGCAUUCCUACUUUAUUCUCUUGUUGUUGUAACAAUAUUUCUUACCACACCAACCAUCUCUACUUCCUAUGGUGGAAAUGAGACUGAUCAUCAGGCUUUGUUGUCGUUUAAGUCGAUGAUUACCCAUGAUCCAAACGGAUCUCUAACCUCAUGGAACUCUUCCGUUCAUUUCUGUGAUUGGAAUGGUGUCACGUGUGGGAAACGGCAUAGAAGAGUGACUGUUAUACAACUAGAGUCACGAGGCCUAACAGGCUCUUUGCCUCCUCAUGUGGGAAACCUCAGCUUCCUUCGCCAGCUUAAUCUCACGAACAACAGCUUUCAUGGAAGCAUCCCUGAUGAACUUGGUCGUCUUUCCAGGCUACGCGUCCUUCGUCUUGGUGACAACAAAUUCAGCGGAGUCAUUCCAACUAAUUUGUCCGCUUGUUCCAACCUUAAAGAGCUCUCUCUUUGGGGUAAUAGGCUAGUUGGAAGUAUACCCAAAGAGAUAAGUUUUCUUUCUGAACUUACUGAUAUUGAACUUGAUGAUAAUGAUUUAACAGGUGGAAUCCCACCAUUUUUGGGGAAUAUCUCAUCAGUGGAAGUAUUCUCUGUUUCGGGAAAUCCAUUUGGUGGGAGCGUUCCAGACACCUUAGGUCGUUGGAAAAACUUAAGAGUUUUUACCGCUGGUGAAUGUAACUUACAUGGCUCCAUCCCUCAUUCCAUUUUUAACCUCUCACUCCUUACUGGGUUUUCUUUAGCUGAGAAUCAACUUACUGGUAGUCUUCCUCUAGCCAUGGGUACAAUGCUCCCUCAUCUUGUCUUCCUUCAAUUAAGGAAUAACAAUCUGACUGGACUUAUUCCACCCUCUAUAUCUAACUGUUCGAAAUUACAAGUUCUUGAAAUGAGCAUAAACGAUUUUAAUGGGAAGUUGACAAUCGACUUUUCAGAACUAAAAGAUAUUUAUGCAAUAUUCUUAAAUGAUAACAAACUUGGCGGACACGGAGAAGCUGAUGAAAUGAAGUUUAUUGAUUCUUUGAAAAACUGCAGCAAGUUAGAGAUAUUGAAUCUUAAUACCUGCAACUUUCAAGUAGAGCUCCCAAUAUCAAUAGGUAAUCUUUCAAAGCAUCUCUCGUUUCUGAAUUUAGCAAUAAAUCAGUUGCAUGGGAACCUUCCUUUAAGUAUAGGUAAUCUAGUUGGCCUGACCGUUUUACAUUUAGGAGGUAACAGAUUCACAGGAAAAAUCCCAUUUACCAUUGGUAAGCUUCAAAAUCUAGGAGUUCUUACGAUGUACGAUAAUCAAUUAGCAGGUUUGAUUCCAGAUGCCGUCGGGAACUUAUUGAUGUUGAUUGGACUUGAUCUAAGUACCAAUAGACUAGAAGGGCAUAUACCAUCUAGCUUGGGAAAUUGUCAUCAUCUAUCCCUUUUGGACCUUUCUAACAAUUUACUCGUCCGUAAAAUACCUAAACAAAUUCUUCAACUUCCAUCUCUAACCAUAUGGUUAGAUCUUUCUCAAAACAGCCUUUCUGGUUCACUCCCAACAUAUGUUGGAGACCUCAAGAUGUUGACUUAUCUGGUUUUAUCUUUUAAUAAUCUAUCUGGUAAUAUUCCUAGUAGCCUUGGCAGUUGCACUAGCCUUUCAUUAUUAUUCCUCGAUGACAACUUAUUUGAUGGUGAGAUACCACAAUCAUUAAGUUCUUUAAAAGGAGUGGAGGGACUUGAUUUUGCUCAUAAUAAUUUAUCGGGGCAAAUUCCACAAUUCUUAGAACGUGCCGGUGCUAGGAGUGUUUGCCAAUAG